AUGAUUUGUGAGUAUGUGAUUGAUCACUUUGGAUUUGAUGAAGAUCUCACCUUCCAGCAGCGGUAUCUAGUAGCAGAUCAGCACUGGAAGAAAGACAAUGGACCAAUAUUAUUUUAUACAGGCAAUGAAGGAGACAUCACAUGGUUCUGCAACAAUACGGGUUUUAUGUGGGAUGUGGCUGAAGAACUUAAUGCAAUGUUAGUAUUUGCUGAACAUAGAUAUUAUGGAGAAUCUUUGCCCUUUGGGAAUGAGUCUUUCAGCGAUUCCAAGCAUCUGAAUUAUCUGACAUCAGAACAAGCUCUGGCAGACUUCGCAGUACUGAUUGAGUACUUAAAGACAACUAUUGCAGGAGCCCGUUACAGUCCUGUCAUAGCUAUAGGAGGAUCUUAUGGAGGAAUGCUUGCAGCCUGGUUUAGGAUGAAGUAUCCCCAUGUGGUAGUUGGAGCUCUGGCAGCCUCUGCCCCAAUCUGGCAGUUUGGUGAUUUGGUUCCGUGUGGUGCUUAUUUCAGCAUAGUGACUAAUGAUUUCAAAAAGAGUGGGACAGGCUGCUCAGAAAGCAUCCGGAAUUCCUGGAACGCCAUUAACCACCUUUCCUCAACAGAUGCAGGUUUACAGUGGCUUUCCAGCACAUUUCACUUGUGCAGCCCAUUAAAAAAUCUCCAGGAUGCUGCUAUAUUGAAAAGCUGGCUGAGUGAAACAUGGGUAAACUUGGCUAUGGUGAACUAUCCCUAUAAAGCUGACUUCUUACAGCCUCUGCCAGCUUGGCCUGUACAGGAAGUCUGCAAGUUCUUGAAGGAUCCCAGUCUCUCUGACAAAUUGUUGCUGCAGAGUGUUUUCCAGGCAGUAAAUUUGUACUACAAUUACUCAGGAGAAGCCUCAUGCUUAGACACCUCUGAGACUGCAACGAAGAAUCUGGGCCAGUUGGGUUGGUACUACCAGGCUUGCACUGAGAUGGUGAUGCCCAUGUGCACGGAUGGUGUCAAUGACAUGUUCGAGCCUCAGAAAUGGGACUUUGAUGCGCUUUCAGAAGAGUGUUAUGGGCUGUGGGGAGUGAGGCCUCGCCCCUCUUGGAUUCUCUCUAUGUAUGGAGGGAAAAACAUCAGCUCACACAGCAACAUUGUCUUCAGCAACGGUGGCCUGGACCCGUGGUCUGCAGGUGGAGUGACCGAGAACAUCACUGAUUCUCUCGUGGCGAUCUUGAUCCCGGAUGGAGCCCAUCACCUGGACCUACGCAGCCGCAACCCUGGGGACCCCAAAUCUGUGCAGCAAGCUCGAGCCUUGGAAAUCCGCUACAUGAAGCAGUGGAUUGAGAAGGCCGGGCAGAGCCACUGAAGUUGUACUGUGACAACUGCGGCCAUUAUACCUCCGCUGGCUUUGCUGGGAGCAGGGCCAGGCCUUACGCGUGGUCACCCGAACAUUUCACUCCUGCUUCCU